AUUUUAUCUAUUCAUUCAUCACACAAAACAUUUAAACAAUAAAAAAGUUAUGUUAUUUCAGUUCGCAAUGUCUUUAUUAAAUAACAAAACUGAAAUGGUAGCAUUUCAUCUCGCUUCAGUUCAUCUUUUUUUCUUGGUGUUUAUAUCGAUCAGCCUUAUUGAAUUCCCAUUAACCUCACAUUGCUGCAAUGAAGAGGAUAGAAGUGCUCUUUUGAGCUUUAAAUCCUCUUUGAAAGACCCUUCAAAUCGUUUAUCAUCAUGGCAACAAGGAAGUCAACAGGAAAACUGUUGCAACUGGCAUGGCAUUGGAUGUUCAAAUGAUUCGUUUCGGGUCGUCUCUAUCGACCUUCGGAACAGAGUUCUUGAAAAUUAUUACGUCAAAGAAAUUGAUCAGUAUAUUUCUGAUGGCUCUAAUCCACCAAACACUUCGUUGGCUGGUAAAUUCUCUGCUUCCCUUUUAAAACUUACUCAGCUAAGGUACCUUGAUCUUGCCUUUAAUAAUUUCCAGGAAUCACAAAUCCCGUGUCAGUUUUAUGAUCUAACAACACUAGCUCAUCUCGAUCUGUCCUUAUCCAACUUUUCAUCAUCAAUUUCGACACAAUUCACCAACAUAUCCUCACUACAAUUCCUCGAUUUAUCUUGCACUUAUUAUGAUUCAAUCACCAGUACUUCUUGCUUGCAAAUAUCAUCUAUAAAAUGGCUGAGAGGUUUAGUGAAUCUCCAGGUAUUAAGAUUGAGUGGUAUUGAUCUACAUGAGGCCACAUCUUUGCAAAAUAAUUUUGGUGAACAUCUAUCCCAUAUUUCAAAUCUCAGGGAUCUUGAUCUCUCUCACUGCAAUUUAUAUACCCCAAUCCAUGAGUUUCACAAUCUUUCCCAUUUAACAUCUCUAAAAAUGAACGACAACCAUGAUAUCCUUUCUUCUUCAUUUCCAGUUCAGCUGGCUAAUUUGACCUCGCUCUCUAUUCUUGAGUUAUCUGACUGUUAUCUACAUGGUUCGGUUCCUUAUCUUCCUCAACUUAGAGAGUUUGUUGUGAGUUACAAUUCUCAUCUUCAUAUUGAUUCUACGGUAGUUUUCAAACAUCCAUGGCCUAAACUACAAAAGCUUGGGAUAUCAGGAAAUGAAGUAAAUGGAUCAAUACUGCAAUUGAUUUCAAACGCGCCGUUAUUGGUCAGUCUUUCAGCUUCAUCUUGUUCCAUUCAAGGAUAUUUACCUUCUUCAUUCUACAAUCUUUCUCAGUUGCAGUAUCUUGACCUCUCUUCCAAUUCCAUAACAGAUGAUAUCCAUUCCAUAAUCUCCAAACUAAAACACCUACACUUUGUCGACUUGUCUUUUAACAAAUUCCAUGGAUCUUUACCUUCUUCAUUCUAUAAUCUUUCUCAGUUGCAGUUUCUCGACCUCUCUUCCAAUUCCAUAACAGGUGAUAUCCCGUCUUCAAUCUCCAAUCUAGAAUAUCUACGUUAUCUCGACUUGUCCAACAAUAAUUUUCAUGGAUCUUUACCAUCUUCAUUAUACAAUCUUUCUCGAUUGUUGUAUCUCGACCUCUCUUACAAUUCCAUAACAGGUGAUAUUCUUUCUUCAAUCUCCAAUCUAAAAUACCUAAACAUUCUUAACUUGUCAAGGAAUAAAUUCCAUGGAUCUUUACCUUCGUCAUUCUAUAAUCUUCCUCUAUUGCAGCUUCUCCUUCUCUCUUACAAUUCCAUAACAGGCAACGUUUCAUUGAAUAAAGAAUCAAACCUAACAAUGAUAGAUCUGAGCUCCAACAUGCUGGCAGGAUCCCCUGUUUUCAUUUGUAAUUUGACUCAUCUUACAGACUUCAAAUUGUCUCAUAAUAACUUGACAGGAGGUUUCCCUUCCUGUAUAUUCGAACUCAAGUAUCUUGUUACCAUUUAUUUGUCAAACAACAAACUUGAAGGUGCUCUGCCUCCGCCACCUUUAGGUCUAAAUACCCUUGUGUACAUCAAUCUAUCUGGUAAUAAACUUUCUGGUUCAAUUCCAUAUUCUAUAUUUCCCACAUACCCACAGAUCUCAACUAUUGUUUCCAUUGAUUUAUCCAACAAUUCACUAUCCGGAAUGAUACCUACAAAUAUAGGGUAUUGUGGUUCACUUCAAAAUCUAAACCUUGGCACUAACAAUCUCACUGGAAAUUUUCCCAGAGGUCCUGAACUAGAAAAAAGUCUAAUGUAUUUACAAUUGAGUAACAACCAUCUCGAUGGUACUAUUCAUUUCAUCAAUACACUUCACAGGUUGGAAUUUCUAAACUUAGGGUAUAACAACUUCGGCGGCAGCAUACCAACUAGUCUUGGUUCACUCCAAGACAUUAAGUACCUUUCUUUAAGGUCAAACAAGCUCAUUGGCUCAAUUCCUGAAGAGAUUAUUCAUUUGCAGAAACUUCAAAUAUUAGACUUAUCCCUAAACAAUCUUUCAGGCUGCAUUCCCCAGAAAUUAGGGAACUGGAGUGCAUUGAUAAAUAACCCUUACGCCUACAGUCGUUAUCUUGAUAUUCAAAUAGAAAUGGUAACCAAAGGGAUCACAAUACAAGUCAAGGAAUUAUUCAACUACAGCACAUUGAUUGAUCUAUCAUGCAACUCUCUUAAAGGAAGCGUUCCAAAAGAGAUAGGCUUACUAAAGGUACUCUCUUCCCUCAAUCUUUCCCACAAUCAGUUGUCUGAUGGUAUCCCAGAAGGUUUAGGAAAUUUGUCAGCACUAGAGUCUUUAGAUUUAAGUGCCAAUAGAUUGAUUGGACAAAUUCCUCAAUCCUUGACAACAGUUCACUCUCUUGGGGUUCUAAACUUAUCUUACAAUAUGUUGAGUGGAAAAAUUCCAAGAGAAAAUCACUUUGAUACACUGAGUUUAGAUGGUUUUGCUUUUGUCGGAAACGAGUUAUUGUGUGGAUUCCCCAUAGAGAAAGUUUGCAAGGGUGAUGGCAAUACUAGUACCAGCAAUCCUACAGACGAAGAUGAUGAAGUCGAUCGAGAAGACAUAAAAGACAAGUUGUUGUUAUAUGCUAUUGUUGCGUUGGGGUUUGCAGUUGGAUUUUGGGGUCUGUUCUCUGUGUUGCUUAUGAAGAAACAGAAAUGGUGGUUUCCUUAUUGGAGAUUUGUUGAUUCUAGUGCAGUGAGAAUAGUAGAAUAUAUUAAAAAUAACUAAUUGUAAAUGAUGUACUAUUGUACUCUAGUUGUUUGUUGAAACUACAAGUCAGCUAUCCAUCCCCUAAUAAAUUGGUGGCCAUGUUUAGAUAGAAUCUAGAGUUAUCCAUUGCAUUCCCCGAACCACAUUGUGAUGACACAAAAGAACAAAGUUAGAAAUUUUAAUCUA